AUGGCGAAUACUCAAGUUGGAUGGAGUACGAGAGGGAAGCGCUCACAAAGGGAAGCAAGCCAAGUGCCGGAGCAUUGUUUUGGUAACACGGAGCUGUUCGAUGAAUUCAACCUGAUUGUAGCUGGCCUUUCAACAGACGACAAGCAAAUUAUAUCCCAAACUGGUUUCGGUGGUUUCCUCCAGGGAAUACACUCGAUGAAGAUGGACGAGCAAUUUGUGACAUGGCUACUUAUGAAGGUAAACGCCAUUACCAGAAAAUUCAAGAUAACUUCCACCGAGGACAUUUCGUUUUAUGCCGAAGACGUUAGCCUGGUGUUUGGGACCCCGUGCCAGGGGAAGCAUGUGUGGGAUUGCUCUUUGGACAAAACCAUUGCUGGCAAGAAACGCAUAGAAUCAAUUCUCGGUAUGAGAAACAACGGCGUUCCUGCAAGUGUGGCCGCUGCAAAUAUACUUAGGUCGAAGCGAGUAGUACCCAUUAGCUCGGUAGAUGGGGAGAAGCUAAAGAUUGCUUUUGUAGUGUUCAUUGUUAGCCUGCUAGUUGACCCAAAAACACCUGCAGAAGAGGAAUUAGUGAACUACUGGCCUGCUCUUGGAGAUUCUUCUUGCAUUAGCAGUUUCAACUGGUCCUUUUUUAUCGCGGAAGCAGUUGUUGAGGCGUGCUGUCAGGCAAGAAAAGAUAAAAAAAAAGGCCGACGGACCGCUCCAGCCGCUGGUGUUUGUCUGUUCAUAGUGAUUUUCUACUUAGACAACAUGGAUCUUCAUAUCGAUUCCAGCCAUGCAGCAGGGCUACCUCGAAUGAUUUUAUUCAAUGGUGAAACAAUAUCCAGGUUGAUAAUGGCUGACACAGUGGGCCUUGCAGGCCGUAGCCCUUCUAGGGUGUUCGGGGCUGGGAAGCUAAAGCCAGAUAGCGAUGUGCCAUACAGGAGGAGGCCAUCUUUUCAGAAAACUCCUGUCGUCUGCCCAAAAAGUUUUGAUCCAGCAGCCGAGCGGGUGAAGUCGGACAAUGAUGUGGCAUGCACUGGCAGCCCAAAUCUUCUGGCUCCAGCAGCAGAAGUUGCCGCUGAGAGCAAUUUAUCCGACGUUGCCGCUGAGGAUAUCACUGUUAAUUCCACGGAUGAUGUAAAGCGGGAUAGCGAUCUGUCAUACAGGAGAAUGCAACAUUUCCAGAAACAUCAUUUCGGCGGCACAAAAAGCACAUCAUCACCUUGUGUCGAGAAAACCCUUUUGAACACCACCGUUGACCCCGACCAGCUUGUUAGGGCUGCAGCAAACCUGCACAAAGCAAAGUGUUUCAGGGUACUUGCUAAUGCGAAGAGAGUCAUUGAGGAGGAGACUAGUCGUCUUAUUGAUACCCUUGUUGGGAUAAACAGGAAGCGCAUGAAAAGCACUGACUGUGGGACAUCCAAGAAUUCUUGUGCACCCAAGGACCAUGUCGUUUAUCCCGAAUCACCGCAUUGUGGAAUGAGCCCCAAAACACCUAGUAACGUAGAUAGUAUACGCAGAGGUUUAUGUUCACCAUUAGACAUGGCUGGUAAAUCUGUAGAUCUCAAAUUUAACGGUGUUGAAUCAAUUUUCAAAGACCGGCUUAAUUAUAUAACUCCGAUGCCAUCACUAGGUCCGUUUGAUACUACAACACCACUCACUUCACGCCCUUCGGAGAUAAACCUAAACAACCCCCCAUUUGAAUCAGAGUACAACAUGUCCCCAAUAAAGAGGAAAGUGGUACGAAAAUUUGUUGGGAACUCCCUGUCCCCCCCUGUAGGUCCUAUGGUAAACCAAGCCAUGCGCGCACGAGGAAUCAGUUUCAUGUCAUGGGCAAUUAACAACGCUUGUAGAGACGGCCGAUAUUGGAUUAGACACGAGACACCUAAAUGCAUUGAAGUGAAAGGAGCUGAUCUAUUCCAUGAAUUCAGCAGAGGACGUAAACUAUCUGCAGACACGUGUGAUGCCUUUUUCAGAAGAUCACAACAAGCCGAUGUUGGUGAAAUUGGCUCUAGCAUCAUUCAGUCACCUAGGCACUGGGUUGAGACCGACUUCGCGGAAGCGGUUUUACGGGGGAAGGAUUACACAAAAUGUAGGGCAGUACAACAAAUCUUCAUUGGUGGUCACAUAUUGCACGACGUUUCCCAGUGUUCUCAAAUAGUUGCGCUAGCCCGCCAUGGGGGGAAUUGGUGUGCUCUUGUUUGGAACACACAUUUCAAGCAGGUAACAAUUUUUGCUCGUGGUGCUACGAGUAAUGGCUUCGACGUGACGAAAGAUAUGGAAGAUCUCAUGGAUAAUCUGCACGGUGCAAUGGAGCGUUGCGCGACCCAAUUGUUCAAUGGUUGGGAAAUAGAUUGGCAAGGGUGGCCAAAGUUAGGCGUCGAUGCUUCGGAUCUUGGAGGUAUAGGCGAUGGUAUCCAGGCAUUAGCUUUCUGCAAGAUGUUCGCGGGAUCAAACCACGCGGAGUGCAGAGCAAUGCUAGCAGAAGAUUUCGUGGAUGCACAAGCCGCUGAAAUAAUGUACGACUUGCUACAUUUACGUCACAACACAGGACAGAUACCAGAUCAGUUCUUGGAGAUCCAACAAUCUCCAGCUGAAUUAGUUGAUUGA